GUAACGAAGGGAGGAGGAGGUGUGACUAUCAAAGCCGGUACAUGCAAUUGCAAAUGCAGAGUAUAUAGUCACCAGCCUUAAUUAGGCUGCCAAUUUAGAUUAUAUCAUUAUUUUCAACUUCCAUUUUAGACGUGUUCCUACUUUAUUCCUUCCAUUUUACAAAUUUGUAUCUUUCUUUCAUAGUAUUAAUUACAAAUAUUCUCUUUUCUACCUCUAUUCUCUCCACAUAGAAUUCAUUUCUUUGUAAGAGUAUCAACCAUGAGUGGUGACAAGAUUGAGAAGACCACCAUUAUGGUGCUCAAGGUUGAUCUUCAAUGUUCCAGCUGCUACAAGAAGGUUAAAAAAAUUCUCUGUAAAUUCCCUCAAAUUAGAGACCAGCUAUAUGAUGAGAAGGCCAAUACAGUCACAAUCACUGUGGUAUGUUGCAAUCCUGAGAAAAUUCGUGACAAAUUGUAUAGUAAAGGAUGUGGAGUGAUUAAGUGCAUUAAAAUCAAAAAGCCUAAACCUCCACCGGUUGAUCCACCACCACAACCACCACCGUCAACACCACAGCCCGUAAUGGUAGUGCCAGGAUAUUGUUGUUGUUGUGGGCAAUGCUACGGAAGGUGCCUAUGUUAUCAUUCGUAUGGCUGCGGAAGGUGCCCAUGUUAUCAUUCGUAUGGCUGCGGAAGGGGCUGUCGUGUGAGCAGAUGUGAUUGGUACUUCAUUGAAGAAAAUACCACAGUAUGCUCAAUUAUGUAAGGUGGCCCAAUGGCAGUUUGACUAUUAUGGUUCAUUAUCUAGGUUUAUCAAUGCAUCUUUUGAUUGGGGUCUCCUCGUAAUGUGGUUGUCUUUUUCUUUACCGAUUUUCAUUGAUGAAAAUCAAUGUAUAGUGGUUUUUUCUUCUUCUUUGCUUUUUCUUUUGUCAAAUAGAAUAAAAGUCGUUAACCAUGUUGUUGGUAAAGCUUUGAUUAAUAAAUGCCAUUUUCAACAUUA